CCCAUGCCCCCUCCCAUGAUCUUCUCUGUCGUUCACUACCGUUUCGAUCAUUGGCCUGGUGAUGGUCACGGUUAAUUCAAAUUUAUUGUAAUCGAAUAGUAGUUAGUAUGUGGCGAUGUGAGGAUGCAUACAUUGCUGCAGUGGCCAAAGGCAGCAAUCAGAACGGUUAACGGAGGGCCCGUGAUGGGGCCACAUUGCAGAUUUCAUAUCUUUCUCCCCUUCUAGGUGUGCACUAGAAUAUAAGCCGACCUCAGAAUGUGUGUCAGUAUCGGAGAGAGUGAGAUGUCAUUUCUGCUUCCAUUUGAGCGUUCGGUCACAAUCCGCGAAAUAACCGCAGCAAAGGAUGGUUAGUCCGUUUUGCUUAGCUCGUACAGGUCGUGGGAAGUGAUCAAACAGAAGAUAGUAAAGCAAUACGAAACGAGCGAGGAGAGUAUUUUUGUUUAGAUAAAUGGUUUUAUUUCUUAGAUGAAAUCAUCCCUUAGCUACCACUUGAGCAUGAUCGUUGUUACUGGAAUACAAAGGAAUACAUCAAUCCAUCAUCAAAUAGGUUGGCCAAAUAGACCAACAACUAAAUCGUAGCUAGAAGCAGGGGAUCAUUCGAUGGAGGGGCUCUAAAACAUGUUACUCGGGAGAAUUUAAAAUCGAAUCGUGAUCGCACCUGGAUCGUUUAUUGUAUGAACUGGGCACUGUUUGAGGUAAUCGAGUUGUUUCGAAUGUAGUUUGUCGAGUUCGAUCGUUUUGGUUUGCUGAUCGACGCCAUUCUAGUCUAGCACUCAAACGCACGAAUCGGAACAUGGGCAUCGGUCGGCAUCAUACGGGUCUAAUCGCGGACAAGAAUGCAAGAGAAAUGUUUGGAAAAUCGAUCGAGAUCUGGUCCGUGCCGAUGCUCAUCUUCCGUGCGCUAGAUUCCAACAACACAUCCUUCACAGCGAUCGAAGGUGAGUUCCCUGUCUGGUCGGAUCCGACAGCCGGCAACACAUUACAGGCGUUCUUCAUCUGGCGAGUCAUGGCAAGUGCUCGCGGUGCGUCGAAUGCUUCCAGGAACCAGGAAAGCCAAACCAUUCCCGGAGUGCACGCAGCGCACCAAUAAGCGCAACUGGCAGCAGCCGGUGCUAGAGCAAUGGGCCUCACGACAAACAGUGCAACGAUGGGAGCAGCAGCAGAGAGCCAGCAGCCUUUGAACCGGCUUCAUUCGUUCAUUCCGGAACAAACGAAGAAGCAUCAAGGGCCGCAUGAGUGAUGUUGAAGAAGGAGCGAAAAGAUGGAACCUUAAAACAUGUUACUAGACCUGGUCAAGCAUUGUUCCUUACAGAAGGCGAGAGAGAGAGAGAGAGAGAGAGAGAGAGAGAGAGAGAGAGAGAGCAACUACUAAUGCCAGCAUUCAGCCUUGCUAUCCUGGAUCCAAGGAACACUCACACAGCAAACACGCAACAGCAUUAAACGAUCCACCAUUCGCCACGCACAUACGCCGGUUGAUGGUGCUUCAGUUUGAACAGCAAAAAAAAACAAAAUUAAUAAUCAAAAGACAUCAAUCAGAUCAAGCUAGACAAUAAGACAACUACUAGCAAGAGCAACUGAGUUCAGGACGAAACUUGCGAAAUACAAAAAUAAAAACAAAAGAAAGCAACAAUCUGUACAACAACAUUCUACAUUCCAGAAUUCUAUUCUUCGAUCAAUUCAUUAGAUUCUCAAUGUGAAAUGAGAACCAGGGCUCCGCUUGCUUACCCACAUUUUGCUAUUUUGAAAUGAAGAAUAGAGACCCGCCAAUAUGAUCAGGCUUUGCAUAACUACUGCCUCGAAGACCGAUCGCUUACGAAAGCUUACAAAAUGAACUUUAACACAAAAAUGUACAUUCAAUCUCGCUUUCCCUUUUUUAUCCCCCCUUUAUCUGCUUCUGAGACCGAUACCAUGACUCAUUAUAUAAAAAAAAAGGAUUAAACUCAAAGCCCAGAAGAGAGUUUUCAAUUUUUCCUGGCCUAAAAAUUCAAUGUUUCUACUGGUUUGUGAGACGUAACGAAGGUGAGCUGGAAAAGGGAGGAGUUACGAGGUAGCAUUAGCCCUGCAGGAUGGAGAUGGUUUAUGUUUCAUUUCUUGUUUCGGAUAGAAUCGAGUGACACCGUAACUGCAGGGAGAAAGCCAUACCCGAUGUCCACAAACUGGUUACAACAUUUUGCAAUCAUUGAUCAUUGCUUUCAGCAUUCAACAUUUCUAAAACCAAACAUAAUUAAACAAACAAAUCCAGAAGCCCAUAAGUACUAGUCAACAGCUGGCAGUAGGAGGAGUACGGAGCGGUGUGCUAUGGUUCGAGUCUCAAGUGCGCAAGUUGGUCAAACCACUAGGGUAGGAACGCAAUGUAAGGCGGUUUGCGAGAAGUAACAUACAUUCCAACCAACAAAAAAAACCAACAAUCCCUUCAGUCGGUCCUGUGAAGUUCAGUGAAACCUUUGCAAAAGGGAGUAGAUUGAAUGAAGAGGCGCGAUGGUGGAUCCCGAAUAAACACAACAGCAAACAUUAUACAUAUAUACAUAUACAUAUAUAUAUAUUUAGAUAAACUGUAUUUUACUAUUACUUACUAAAUAAGGCAAACGAAUGACAAAAUAUAAUACUUGUU